GAAGCCAAUGAAACAAGAGGCCCUAAGUCUUGUUCAGUUCAUCGACAUGCAGGUGUUUUCAAACAUCCGUCCCCGGGAUGUGCCCAAGAACUUUUAAAAUGUUUGACAAUUCUUCGGCGGGUGACUCAAAGUGACAACUUGGCUCUGCCUGCUUCCAAGGAAGAACUACUAGUUGUGUGCCAGGAACUGCGAGACGGUAGCAGGUGUGUAGACGAUCACAUGACCAGGUGCUCGUGGGGAACGCCAGAGAAACUAUUUCACGACGUAGUUAAUGGAAGUCGUCAGGUGAUCCAAGAGUUAUGUCUGCCUGGACCCAUGCAGGAAGGUUACCUGAAAUAUGCCGAAUGUUUUAAGAAAGUCUCCUUGCAUGAGAAUAAGUGUGCCCCAAAAUAUCGUACCCUGACCGAACUUUUCCAGAAGCAGCUUCAUGAUACUGACGAAGACGUAAACAAAGGUCGUAGGGAAUGGUGUUGCUCGUACAGUGACUUCAUCAACUGCCAGUACACUCACGUGACCCACGAGUGCGGAACUAAAGCGGGAGUUUUCCUUCGAAGUCAUACAGACAGGAUGUCGUCGCCUUUAAUCCACGAGCACUGCCCCCUCUACAUAUACGGAUCCGAAGCUUGCAUCUCUAAUGCUGUUGCUGGGUGUGUCAACAUCUGGAAUAUUUUUCUUAUGCUGAACAGUUUAUACUACGUCUGUAUAAACCCACGAGCUGUUUGAAUAACUUCUAAAAAAUACCAGAAAGUUCUGUUUUGCGGCGAUUUAAUGUUUUUUUGUAAACUCCAUUACCAAUCAACUUCCCAUGUUUAAAGAACCACUUUGUUUGUAGUUUCACUUAAUAUUGAGAACUGUUUAUUAUUCCAAACCACUACAUUUAGUUACAAAUUUCAUUAACCCAUAUGUAAAUAGUUGGCUUGGCCGUUAAACGUGUUACAUCUGCUCUUCAAACCUGAUUUUAUCAAGUUUAUCUUAAGUUUCUUAACUGUUAAUGUUCAGAAUAAUACCAAUAACUAUGGUGUUUUAAGUUUGGUUUUAAUAAAUUUACUCUUUCAACUUGCACACCAAAUAAUACUAUUAAUAAUCAGUAAUAAUUGUUGUUUUGGUGCAAAGCUACACGAUGAGUUAUCUGUACUCUGUUCACCGCGAGGAAUCGAACCCCGGAUUUUAGCGUUGUAAAACUUACCACUGAUCCACCAGGAAUAAUCGGUAAUAAGUACUAAAAACGCCUCGGUAUACUGGUAAGGCCACACAUUCCACUACUACGGUAUAUAUUCUAGAGGCUAGUUCAGAACUCGAUAAAUCCUGUCUAAGUCAAGUGUGAAAUUAGCCCUAGUCAAAGGUGAUGCGAGGUUAUUUUAUGAUUGGCACAUGAGGUAGCAAAUAACAAAAUUAUUGGUAAUUUCGUCGUGUGCGUGGGUCAGCUAUGGAGAAUGUGGAUCGUGACAAAGGUUUCCUCUCAAAGAGACAAGAUUUGAUUUUGAGAUUGACGCUUUGCUUGUUUGUUGUUUUUUUUUGUUCAUUUUCUUAAGUAGUUAUCUUUUUAACCAAUCACGUGUUUCUUCUCUUUUGUUCUUCUUAAAUCCGAGAAUAGUUCAAAUAUAGAUUUUUAUUUAAAAUCCA